AUGCAGGGAGAGGAAAACUCAGAGGGGCAAAACAGAACAGCCGUCACCAGCUUCAUCCUCCAGGGCUUUGGGAAUGUUGAAGACUUGAAUGUUCUUCUUUUCUUAUUAUUUCUAGCUAUCUACCUGGUGACUCUGUCAGGCAAUGUUCUCAUUGUUGUCCUGGUGAUGGCUGAACAGCACCUUCAUACACCAAUGUAUUUCUUUCUGGCAAAUCUAUCCUUUUUGGAAUCGUGCUACACUUCAACAAUAUUACCAAGAAUGCUGGCCAGUUUUGUCACAGGGGACAAAACCAUUUCUGUUUUGGGCUGCAUCCUGCAGAUGCAUUUCUUUUCUACUCUGGGAGCUGCAGAAUGUUACCUCUUGGCAGCCAUGUCAUAUGAUCGCUAUGUUGCCAUAUGUAAACCUUUGCAUUAUGCUACACUUAUGAAUGAGAAAGUGUGUGUCCUGCUUGUUGCUUUAUCAUGGAUGGUUGGGCUGCUGCUUAUAACUAUCUUAACAUGUUUGUUGUCACAACUUAAAUUUUGCAACCAAUAUAUAAUCAACUGUUUCUUCUGUGAUUUCACCCCCAUUGUUCAGCUUUCCUGCAGCGACACUCAGGUUGUUGAAAUCGCAGGUUUAGUAACAUCUUCUAUAGGGAUUCUGCCUACAUUUCUCAUAACUGUGACAUCCUAUGCUUUUAUUAUCACAGCAAUUUUGAAAAUCCCCUCCAGCACUGGAAGGCAAAAGGCAUUUUCCACCUGCUCUUCCCAUCUCACUGUGGUUUCCAUUUUUUAUGGAUCCUUAAUGGUGGUCUAUGUCUUUCCAACAACUGAGAAGUUCAAGGAUCUCAACAAGGUCUUCUCUUUUUUGUACACAGUUCUAACUCCGAUGGCCAAUCCUUUCAUAUACAGCCUAAGAAACAAAGAAGUCAGGAACAGUCUUAGAAAAAGCAUUAUAUCAGUUAUGGGGUUUUUCUGGCCUACAUAG